GAGAGGCGUUCGAUUUGUAUGCUUCAUAGUGUGACACCUGGUAAGUGGCAUAAGUUGGCCUUCUUCAGCAUCGACGAUCACUGCGGCUGAAGAGAACGGGAUGUUUCCUGGCUGGUUCCUCUCUUCGUUGACUAAUAUUCUUCAGUUCUGGCGCCAUUGUAGUAUUAAGAUUGGGAGAAGAUUGAGCAUUGGAUGGUGAGCGAAAGGUGAUUUCCCCUCUUUCCAAGUUAGGUUGGCGUUAGUUAUUUGAUAUUUGUGUUCUUGUCUGGACUUCCCAUGGUGUGCUGCUGCUGUAUUAUUUUAUUUUGACGGCCUCAACUGAAAAGUUUAUGUGAAGUGCUAAGGAGCAGAGUAUUAAGGAUAGAGUCCAGAUUUCCAAGCUGAAAGCUAUGUCUGGUGAUUUACCUCCAGAAAUUCUUGUGGAAAUUCUUCACAGACUACCCCUCAAGUCUCUUGUGAAAUUCACCUCCGUUUGCAAAGCUUGGAAUACCCUUAUCACGGACCAUACCUUCAUAUUUGAUCAUCUCAACCGAACAAUUGAAGCCAGCGAUGGAAAUGAUACCCUCUUUCUUCAACUCUGUCGUCGAACUUGGGAAUUGCAGAACGAGCGCUUCGAUUAUGGGGAAUUUUACUCACUGUACUCUGACAACCAACAAAUUGAUCACUUCUCUGUUGAGAGAUUCCCGCUCACUCACCUAUUCCGAUUGUAUGAUUAUUCAACGGUGGUUGGAACUUGCGAUGGUCUGGUAUGUAUUGCUGAUUAUUCAAUGCUUGAUUCAGCUACUCACCUUAUUUGGAACCCUUCGAUUCGAAAAUAUGUGGUGCUUCCCAAACCAAUCGUGACCUGCAGGACCGGCAAUCGCGAACAUGAGAGGUACCGGCUUUGUUUUGGGUUUGGCUUUGAUUCUAGGAGUAAGGAUCACAAGGUAAUUAGACUUGUGGCUCUCUGCAAUGAACAAGAAGAUACACCUCAGGUUGAGGUUUACUCUCUUGUUUCUCGUUCCUGGAGAAUCAUCACUGCUAGAGCUCCUUCCUUUCUUCUCUCUGAGCAUCUGCGGAAUAUACCUCAGGUGUUUGUGAACGGUUUUGUACACUGGGUUGUCAGCCGUAGAUGUGACGGUCAAAUUCAGAAUUUUAUUUUGUCAUUUGAUGCGGUUGAAGAAACGUUUGGAGAAUUAACGUUACCACAACAUCUGAGAGAUUCUACUUCUGUGUUAUCUAUCUUGGAAGGAGGGCAUUCACUUUCUGUGCUUCAUACUUACUCAGAAGAGAACCAAUAUUUUUAUAGUAUAUGGAUAAUGAAAGAAUAUGGUGUUGCGGAGUCAUGGACUGAGGUGUUCUGUUGUGAUACCAAACGUUAUGGGGGCAUAGUUACUGUAUUAGCUCUUGGUAGCAAUGGAAAAGUGGUGCUAAGGAUUCGCAGUGGAGCUAUAGCUUUACUUGAUCCAAUCACAGAGUUGGUGGAGCCUUUGGGAGAUCGAAAAUAUUUUCCCACUUUUGUAGGAGAUUAUGUUGGGAGUUUGGUUUUCAUAAAUACAGAACCAGAUGUUUUGUCUUGCUAGAAAUUGUAGAUAUAUACAGGGUGAAGGCAAGGUUGUCUUAUGGAUGGAUUGAUUUUGCUGGCUGGAUUAUUGCCUCUAGAGUCAGAUUAAGGCCAAAUGUUUGGAUUAUAAUUCUCGUUCUCUGGAAGUCAGAGAAGAAGAAUGGAUUCUGUUCUUUUCUUUCCUGUAUAUUGCUCUAUAUAUUCACUUUAAAGGCAGAUUUUAUUAUCGUU